AUGGGGCUUUUAAUCCCAAUUGCGCUAGCUCUGUGGUUUGAUUCCACAGCAGAACGAACAAUGAAUGAAUGUGGGCGGUCAACCAAGAAAGCCUGUGCCCAGGAAAGAAAGGACUGGGGAGGGAUUGAGAGAAGCUUUCACAGUGGAAAAUUGAAAAAACAUAUCCAUCAAGAGGGAAGUUUUGUAAAAGCAACAGGAAGAAUUGCUCAGAUACCCGUGAGCGUAUAUAACUUGGGUCGUGUUAUAAAUGCUCUGGCUAAACCUAUUGAUGGGAGAGGUGAAAUUGUAGCUUCCGAAUCUCCUGCUCCAAGUAGAAUUUCCAGGCGUUUCGUAUACGAACCUCUUCAAACAGGGCUUAUUGCUAUCGAUUCGAUGAUCCCUAUAGGGUGCGGUCAGCGAGAGUUCAUUAUUGGGGACAGAGAGACUGGCAAAACAGCAGUAGCCACAGAUACAAUUCUCAAUCAAAAAGGGCAAGGUGUAAUAUGUGUUUAUGUAGCUAUCGGUCAAAGACCAUCCUCCGUAGCUCAAGUAGUAACUACUUUCCAUGAGGAGGGGGCCAUGGAAUACACUAUUGUAGUAGCUGAAAUGGCGGAUUCACUUGCUACAUUACAAUACCUCGCUCCUUAUACGGGAGCAGCCCUGGCUGAGUAUUUUAUGUACCGCGAACGGCAUACUUUAAUAAUUUUUGAUGAUCUCUCCAAACAGGCACAAGCUUAUCGCCAAAUGUCCCUUCUAUUAAGAAGACCUCCCGGCCGUGAGGCUUAUCUAGGGGAUGUUUUUUAUUUGCAUUCACGCCUUUUAGAAAGAGCCACUAAAUUAAAUUCUCUUUUAGGCCAAGGAAGUAUGACCGCUUUACCAAUAGUUGAGACUCAAUCUGGAGACAUUUCCGCCUAUAUUCCUACUAAUGUAAUCUCCAUUACAGAUGGACAAAUAUUCUUAUCUGCGGAUCUAUUCAAUGCCGGAAUUCGACCCGCUAUUAAUGUGGGCAUUUCUGUUUCUAGAGUAGGAUCCGCGGCUCAAAUUAAAGCCAUGAACCAAGUAGCUGGCAAAUCCAAAUUGGAACUUUAG